AUGAAAGCAACUUCCACGUUCUUUCAACCGAAAUCAACGGUGCCUGUGCCUACGCAGCCGCUUGAAGACGAGGUCACAGACACAGGUAUAGCAAUACUCAACACCCAGAAAAAACCUCACAAUAUCGAGCAAGAAACACUAGAACAAGAAGCAACAAUAGAAGUUGAGGUGGAAUGCAGUUCAAGCGAGGAAUCGGUCGCAGCAGAUACCUGCAUUAAGUUCACUCCAGGCGAGGCAUCAUCGACCGAAAGCGAAGCCGAAGAAAGCAGCGAUGACCUGCAUCCAGAUAAGCGUGUAUUUCUAGCAGCGGGAAAAUCUCCACAAGAGCAGAUUAAAUUUAUUAUUUUUGAAGAAGCAAUACUCGAACUGUUUGGGAAGUGUGGCCAGUGCGGAUCGGAAUGUAUUGUGACGAUUGAAAAUCAAAUCGGCUCAUCAUGUAAAAUUUGCGUGUCGUGUACGAUGGAAAGUGUACAUUACUUUGAAUGGACAACUGGCCCGUCGAUGUUCAAAAUGCCAGCAUUUCACCUGCUGCUCGCAUCUGCCAUUAUCGCGACAGGCACGGAAUCAUCGAAGGUUCUUCGACUAUUUAAUGCGUUGAAUAUUCCUAAUGUGAAACGAAGAGAGCUGUCGGAUAUUCAGAAGAAUUAUGCGAUUCCUGCAGUCUACAAAGUUUGGCAAGAGGAACAAUCUGCGAGGCUGCGAGAAAUAGAGGGAGAAACUAUUGUGAUUGCGUCAGAUAUGCGUGUCGAUAGUCCUGGACACACUGGUCUAUUUGGAUCGGGAAGCACGCUGGAUAUGAAAAGAAAUCUGAUAUUGGACACGCAAGUAAUCAAGGUAAUACAGAGUUAUAGUAAAACUUUAUCAUGUUUAUUCGCGUCAUACUGUUUCGUGCAUACUGUAAUAGGGAUAAUUAUUUAGAAUGUAAGCUGUAGGGCAUGCUAAAAGAUCCAAGCGUGAAGGCUUAUUUCAAACGUUGCGCUUCCCAUAUGUGCCGAACGCAUUAAAUUAAAAACAAUAGACAAUCAGCUGAAAUGCCUCAUUAUCUAUUGUUUCUAAUGGGUUCGGCACAUGAGAAGCGCGACGUUCGAAACAGGCCUAAGAGAGGCAAAUUGGAAACACGAGGGUGUAACUCGUAUUAUUUUAUUUCCAUACACAAAAAAUUUAUUGCUUAAUUUUUAACAGUCAACAGAGGUAAAAAAUUCAAAUGCCAUGGAACUGCAAUCGCUGAAGAGGCAAUUGAAAUUCUUGGACGACAACAAGGUUGAGGUGACCAAGUUGGUGACAGAUCGUCAUACUCAAGUUUCUGCAUACAUGGCAAACGAAAAACCAGAAAUUGAGCAUUCCUAUGACGUCUGGCAUGUAGCAAAAGGUAUACCAAUAUUAUGGUAUGUCUAGAUAUUAUUUAACCCAUUCAGUCGCAUUGCACCCUGAUGUGGCCCACUUUAUUAUUUUACUCCGUCUAACGCCAGAUUAUUUUACUAUAUUAUUUUUCAAUAUAAUGAUCAAUUACAUAACAAUUCAUUCUUCUUGUCAUUUUGAAGGUGAGAAGAAAAAAUUGACAAAGGUUGCCAAGAAGAAAAAAUUCAAGUCGAUUAAGCCAUGGAUUGGGGUAAGUGACACACAAUUAUUUUCAAAAACAUUGAACAGGUGAACUUAAAACAGUAAGUUCAAUAACAAAUGGUAUUAUGUAUUGUUGAAUAAAUGUAUUGUUACAAAUCAAAUAAUUUUUGACAGUCAAUCAUCAAUCAUAUCUACUGGAUUGGUGCCACUGGUGAAUCAGAAGAUGAAAAGGAAGAAAAAUGGCUCAGUCUUCUAAAUCAUAUUGUGAACAUUCACCAACAUUCAAACCACAAGAUCUUCAAAGAAUGCGUUCAUGACACACUUGAACGAGAAUGGCUAAAGCCAGGUUGAGUAAAAUGUUAUUAACUAUUAAAAUAUUGUAGACUAUUAUUUCAUGAUUGAGUUGGCUUUCUUUGUUCGACAAGAUAUUUAUACCAUACAGCCCUUGAAUACUAAAUGAUUAACAAAUUAUAAAGACAAAAAAUAGAAAAAUAUUUGUCGAAAAAUGAACAAACCUUUGUUGGGAAAGCAGUCACUCCUCGAUCAUGAAGUCAGGUGCAGCCCUCAAACGUUGGGAAGUAUGUGAUAUACAGCUCUUGAACACUUUGUGUUCUUGGACCUGUAUAUAGCAUACAUCCUCAUUCUCAGGCUUUAUCUAUCACUCAAACCUAAAGAUUUACAGUGUAAAACAUAUGCAUAACAUUUCAUGCAUGAUGCAUCUGGUAUCAUGACAUUGACAACUCAUUCAUUAACUUGACUAUUAUAGGUUCCGCUGCAUUUAAGAAGUUGGAAGAAAUGCUAACAAAACCUCGGCUCAUUGUAGCAAUCCGGAAAUUGUCCCAGUACCACCAGACUUCUGGGCUGGAGGCCAAACAUGCUCUGGACAACAACUUUGCCUCGAAAAACACCUAUCAUUCAUACCAUUCAUUAAGUGCAAGGUAGGUUUUCAUUGUCUGAUAGUGUUAGUUGAGUCCGCUGCACAAACCACCGGCUGACACUGUAUGUCACUUUUUCAUUAUUAUUACAGGUUGUACUGUUCAAACUUGCAUUUUAAUGAAAACAGUAACAGAAAACAAGCAAAAACAGCUGAAGGAAAUCUUAGAUGGACAAUUGCUUACCCAAAGGCAUUUAAAGGGGAAAAGGCUAUUGCAAAACCCUUAAAGGAACAGCCCACCUAUGGUAAGAAUUUCAUUUCCCCUCCACGUUCACUACUAAUGUCAAUUUUUGACAAGUGCUCUUUAACCCACUAAGCAGCAAUCCUCCCUACUUUAUUUUACUCUUUCUUAUGGCAGAUGAUUUCAAUUGUGAAGGAACGAGUCUUGCACUUUAAUGGGUUAACCAAACAAUCUACCCAAGUGUCAUGUUAACCCAUCAGGCUGCAAUGCAUCCUAAUUUAUUCUUUUACUCCUCUGUCUUAUGCAAAAAUAUUUUACUCAUAGGGGGGAGAUUAUUGCAGCUUAAUGGGUUGGAAGACAUGUUUAUGUACAAUUCACUCUAUCAACUAAACAUGGAUUGGACAUAAACAGUAUUUCAAACCCUCCUAAUCAUAUAUUAUAAUAACACAAUCUAAUAUAACUUUCAAAAAUCUAAUUUUAUAGGAUAUAUACAGUUGAUAUUGAACCAAGCUAUCCAUUUAAGAAACAAGUAUCCCACUUUGAAGAAGGCCAAGGUUCAUGCAAAUGAGGUUCUACCUGUUGAACCGGAAUCUCUUGUGUCCCAGUACUUGGCAGGAAAAGAGCGGCCAUUAAAGGAAGAUGUGGUGGCCAACAGAAAGUCCCGAUUCAGCACACCAGCCCUACCUACAAGUGAACAACAAAGAUCAGUGACUGAGCCAUGUUCUUGCAAAGGAAAAUGUGCUACUAGAAAGUGCAACUGUAGGGCAAUGGAAGUGCUAUGCAACAGCAGAUGCAGCUGUAAGGAGGAAAACUGUAAAAAUUGUGAAUGA